AUGGAAUUGCUUCUCCCUGUCAGCAAUAACAAUAUCGCUUGGCUUAAUCAUGACAAAGACCCAGUAUACAUCUUACCAUAUUCCAAUAUCUCAACCUUUACCACUAAAGACCACGAGACUUGGUUUCUGCCUGGGGAGCUACGCUCAGAGGAGCAUGCUGAUGAUGGAGGUGAUAAUGAUGAUGGAUGUGAUGAUGAUGAUGACAUACAGAUGGAUGACACCGAUAAUGAUGACAUCCCAUUUGAGGCCAAGGACCAUUAUGACCACCCCAUCUAG